CCGCAUUUGAACUUCAAACGCGAGAAAAGUAGCACAGUGCGGAUAGAUACGCGGAUGCGUGGCGGCGAUUAAACGGCGUGGCGCGGAAAACAACAAUUUUCGAUUAUGUAUUUAGCAUAGAGCAAAUGGCAAAGCCAAAACAAUUUGCCCUACCUGCCAGCGCCGAUCGUGACAAUGGAAUAUUCUGAAUGAAAGCAGCACGCAGCAGCUCUCGGAUAAACAGCGUCUUAAAAUAAAUAUUUAAAAAUACAAGAGAAAAUAACCAUGAUGAAGGGUAUUCCGCUGCUUUGCCUGGUCUUAAUAAGACUGAGCCAUGCCACAACUGAGAGCCAUGAAUCAACGACCACUUGGGCGACCACCAUUACCACCAAAAUCAUUCCAAUGGAUGGCUUUCGGCACAGUUGCUUCGAUUGGUCAUCUGCCCCGGAGGCAGCGGGCGGAAACUGCUCCAAAUUGACCCGGAAUGGCACUCUAAAGUGCUACGGCGGAAUGAAUAACCUCGCAGCCCUGAACCACUCUGGAAAGUUGAGCAGAGCUCAGCCCGCGCUGGACAUGCUCCUCUGCGGCUGGCCAAAGGAUGGCUUCAAUCACCUGAAGGACCUGCAAAAGCUGCCCCGCCUGCGUUCGCUGACCAUCGAGUACAGUGGCUUCACAGAGUUCAAGUUCGACUUUCCGGAGAUGUCGGAGUUGCAGACCAUCAACAUUUCGUGGACGAAUCUCUCGUACAUCUCAUCGCGAACCUUCAAGCGGGUGCAUCCGCUCAAGAUCCUGGACCUGCGAUGGAACCAACUCAUCCAGCUGGAUGGACCUCUGCUGCUGCCCCGCAACUUCGAACAGCUGUAUCUGGCGGGGAAUCCCUGGAACUGCACUCGCAACUUCAAGUGGAUGCUGUUGCAGCCGGAAAAGGGACGACUGGUGGUCGAUAGGGAUGAGCUGAUCUGCACGGAUCGCAAGUACAAGGAGCGCCAGAUGCUACUAGUCAUGCAUUAUAAAUUGGAACUGAAGAAGCAGUGCCAAUCGCACGAGGAUCUGAGGAACUGCACUUGCCUGAUGCACCACAUCUUGCCCAGAACCCACAUUCCGCUCUAUACGGUCAACUGUUCCCACUUGCAGUUCCACCGCCUGCCCGCCUUUUUGCCAGAUAACACCACCACUCUAGUCAUCAACGAUAAUAUGAUCAGUGACAUAAAUCCGCUUCGAGACAAUCCGCACUACCGCCAUGUGGUCGAUAUGCAGCUGGAGAACAAUCAAGUGUCCAAUGUGGACAAUUUGGAGGACACUUACUGGCUGCAGCACUUCCGGCUGCUCAAUUUGCGGGGCAACAAUCUGCGCAAGCUGCAUGUGUAUGCUCUGGACAAUGCCCUCGAUGACAACGAGAAUGCCAAUCUCCUCCUGCUCAGUCGGAAUCCGUGGCACUGCACCUGCAAGUUCGGGAGCAGGUUGCGCGAGCUGCUGACCAAGUACAAGGACAUUGUGAGGGAUGCGUGGAAUGUGACCUGCACCUACAUGCAGGAGGAUGAGCAGCGACUGGCCAAAGUGCUGACCCUCAGUCGGCAGGAGAUGUGCAAUGUGAGUGCGGAGAGUGGCACACAGAUCCAUCCCAUCGACUGGCUGAACGGCAUCCUGGCCAGCCUCAUCCUACUCAUCCUGGGCAAACUUGCCUACGAUUACUACUAUUACAAGUAUUACGGCCGAGUUCCUUGGAUUGUGAUGAAAAUGCCUUAGUCCUUAAAUGAGUUCCAACCUCGAAAGUAUUUCUCAAACACAGUCGGUUUAUUUUUGAAAAUCUACAAAAACAAUACCGGUCUUUGUAUCAUAUACCAUAUAUGAAUAUUUUUUAUGUUGUAUAAAUAAUGUUGUUUAGGUAUUUAUGUAGUAUGUAUAUUUAAGCUAAGUCAACGCAAAACUCUCAAAAUAGUGGGUUGCUUGCACACAUUAUUGCACUGCUUAAACUGUUUUAUUUGGUUAAAAACCAGCGUUCUCACGUUCCCUCAUUUUUACGACGGUUCUCAGCAUUUGACCUGCAUUUAAAUUGGCACAAAGCGCUUAAUAUUUGAUAAUGAGAAACAGCUAAGAUAAGUAUAUGCAUAUUCGCAUCUGGACAGAAGUCUGGGUUAGUCACAAAUAAUUCCAUCUAAAUGAAUCUAAUUUUGUAUUAUAUUUACAAUUAAAAUCCCUCAAUUUAAUUUCUUUGGCUUUCGAAAUCAGUGCGUAGCAAUUGCAAAAUAAUUAAAAUAAUUGUAUAGAUUACACACAAGCUUAUAAAUUAAACAACAGUGCUGGACAUUGUAAACAAAGCAUUAAAACAUUUUUUGUACUUCAAGUAAAAGUUAAAACAAGGCAAAAUAUAAUAUAUCGCUGGCUGAAAGCGGCACGUCUAGAA